AAUCCAAAUAUUUGCCAUGUUGCCUCGUAUGGAGAGAUAUAAGGUUGUCUAUGCAAGAGAGAAACCCAGAGCCACAGGUUAGACUCGGGAUGAACGAGCGAGGAAAGGUUCAAGGAGGCCAGUCAGAGACAUGUGUGGCAGUGGGAGCUCAAGAGGCGUUUCAACCAAGUUUCCCAGAAGACAUGUGUGGGUCAGGAGAACCAAAACAUACGGAGUAUUUCAAUUUCCUUACAUCCGUCCAGACAGUUGGCAGUUCACGUGUAGUUCCAGAGUCGGUUUCUACAUGGGGUAAUUAUGAGAACAUGACUUGGGACCAACGGGUUGUGUAUGAUGUCAUGGCACCUAAUGCUUUUCUUGUAUCGUCAAAUUUUAAUGAUGUUCCGAGCUCAUCGUCUCAUCAACAUACUGACGAUAUUAAUACAUUGUCUGAUCAAUUUUUAGAAGUGUUGAAGGCAGCUGACGAGCCAUUAUAUCCUGAUUGCGAUGAGAAAUCGACAUUAGCUGCCGUGUUAGAAAUCUUGAGCAUAAAGUCGGAUUGGAAUCUCCCAGAGGCCUGUAUGUCUAGAUGGUUACAAACUGUUGGAGCGUGGGGAAGCUUUCAGCGUUCUCACUCUCGAGCACCACCGGAAUCGCCAUCUACCACUACCCCGCAGUCUAUAUUUAAUGCCGGUGGCGACUUGGAGGCUGAGGUCGAGGGCGAGGGCGUAGGAGGCGGCGAAGGAGGAGACAGAGUUUCAACGGAGGCUACUGCAGUGCCGUACGGAGAUCUUCUGCGCUUGAUCACUAAGGCCAAAUUGAAGGGCGAACAAGCUGUCCUAAACACAAUUAAAGGCAUAAUCAAAGAAAGUUUUCAUGGGCCGUGGCAUACCUACACAACCGCCCCCAAGGAAGUUCGUCAGCGAUGGUGGAACCUGUUUCGUCUUCGUUACACCUGGUUGCCUGGGGUAUACCCGGCGGACACUGAAAAAAUCAUAAUGAGCACCUUUAACAACCGUGAGUCCGUAUGCGAGCACAUCAAGAAGAUGGAGCAAGAGGACAAAGUCGUUCCAAAUCAACUCAAGGUCAUUAACCGCUUGUUUGUGAAGAAGGGUUCCCAACCGUCUCAAGAAGUUGCUAAAAUCAAGAAAGACUACAAGGAGAAGCUCCUUCUAAAGAAGCAAGCCGCAUCCGGAUCGGGGCCCAAUUCUAUAAGUCUUGAUGAUGUUGCUGAGGAAGAACUAGAAGAUGACCUUGGGUUGUACGUCGAGGUGGUGGGGAACAACAAGAACCGGGUCUUCGGGCGGGGUUGUGAAGCUGGAUCCUCGGAAUCACUUUCCUCGGGAGGCACUAGUCACGAAGACUACGCUGCCCGGCUGAAGACCGAAUUGGAGCUGAAAUUAAAGAAAGAAUUUGAAGCAAAAUUUCACGAAAAAAGUGCCGAUUUAGAGAAGAAAUAUCAAGCUCAAUCCCAUGAUUUGUUAAGUCAAUUUCAGGGAUUGAAAGAGUCGGUCAAUUAUUUGACCCAGGGCCUCAGUUUCCAGCCACAAAGUAAAAAUUCAAAGGAUACGAUGAAAACCCAAAAUAUUAUUGUUUCCUGUGCUUUUGUUGUUUUCCUCUUCAUCUUCUCCCAAACAAUUUCGGGUCGCCUUUUGCUGGAAGACAAACAAGAGAAUGAAGGUGGGGUGAAGCUUGGAAAUGAGGUCACCCCAACCGUGAAGUCUGAAUACACUGAUUCUCUAGAGGAGUUGAUGGGGCUCGAGAUAUGUGAAAAUAGAGAUGAAGAAUGCAUGAGGAGAAGGCUCGAUGAUGCUCUUCAUUUGGAUUACAUAUACACAAAAAAUAAAAAGCCACAAAAUUAAACCAUCUACGCCAUAAAAUUAAACCAUAUAGUCAAUAUGUGUUAUUAGUUUCUUCUGGGCAAUAUUAGGAAAAUUUCAUUUGUUACAUUAUUUUUUGACAUCAAAUACACCGGUACGAACCGUCAUUUUUACAAACGGAGCACUACUUGGAACAC